AUGGCUUCCACUUAUAAUCCUUCAAAAAAGAAAUACUACAUUGUGACAAGUAUUUUCUCUCCUUACAAAGAAGACAUUAAUCCUGGUAGUAUUGAUUCCUAUUUGUUUGAUUCCAGAAGCAAGGCUGAAAUCUUUAUGAAUAAAGAAGCAAAAGAAGUCUACUAUACACAAAUCAAAUCAGAUGAAGAAGACUAUGAUGGAAACAAGACACCACCUGAAGAAGAAGAAAAUGAUGGUGCUUUUUAUUAUGCAAACAAAAACUGUAUUUGUUUUGGUGAAGAUAGCUCAAUGGGAUUCUCUUAUCGUAGAGCUUGGGGUAUAGUAAAGAUUGAAGAAAUGCUCUAUAGAUCAACUCGUGGACAAGCCAAAGACUAUACCUUUGAAGACGCUGUUAUGGCUGGUCUCGGCCCUGACGGUGGUCUCUUUAUUCCUCAGGAGAUCCCUACCUUGCCUGCCAACUGGCGUCAAGCUUGGUCUCAAUAUAGCUUCCAACAACUUGCUGUUGAAAUUUUAUCUUUCUAUAUUGAUGAAACUCAAAUUCCUCGAGCUGAUCUCGUUCAACUUGUCGAACGCUCUUAUUCUACUUUCCGUUCCAAGGACGUUACACCCCUUGCCAAGGUUCAUGAUGGUCUUUAUGUUUUAGAAUUAUUCCACGGUCCCACUUUUGCUUUCAAAGACGUUGCCCUUCAAUUUGUUGGUAACCUUUUUGAAUACUUUUUAGAACGCCGUAAUAGUAAGGAACCUGCUGGUGGUAAGACACACCGUUUGACUGUUGUUGGUGCUACUUCUGGUGACACUGGCAGUGCUGCCAUUUAUGGUCUCCGUAACAAAAAGAAUGUCUCUGUGUUCAUUCUUCACCCCAAUGGUCGUGUCAGUCCUAUCCAAGAAGCCCAAAUGACGACUGUCUUGGACAAGAAUGUUCACAACUUAUCUGUUGAAGGCACUUUUGAUGACUGUCAAGAUAUUGUAAAGAACUUAUUUGGCAACAAAGAGUUCAAUGAUCGUCACCACUUGGGUGCUGUCAACUCUAUCAAUUGGGCACGUAUCCUGGCUCAAACAGUCUACUACUUCCAAGCCUACUUCACUCUUCUCCGUUCUUUGAACAUUGAUCCUGCUUCUCCUGAAGCUGAAGCCAUCAAGUUUGACUUCUCUGUCCCUACUGGUAACUUUGGUGAUGUAUUGGCUGGUUACUAUGCCUACCGUAUGGGUCUUCCUACAAACAAAUUGUUGAUUGCUACUAAUGAAAAUGAUAUUCUUUACCGUUUCUUCUCAUCUCAAGCUUACGAGAAGCAAACUGGUCCUGAUGGUGGUGUCAAGGCUACCUUGUCUCCUGCCAUGGAUAUUUUAGUGUCCUCCAACUUUGAGCGUUUGUUGUGGUAUUUGGUUCGUGAGACAGAAGCUGAUCAAGGCAAGACACAAGAUGAUGCAUUAAACGAUAAGGCUGGUCAAACUGUUGCUGGUUGGAUGCAAGAAUUGAAGGAAAAGGGUGUCUUCCGUGUUUCUGAUGCUGCUGUCUUGAAGGCUCGUGAAAUCUUUGAUGCUGCCCGUGUCACUGAUGUUGAGACAUCUGCUACUAUUCGCUCCUACUAUGAAACAAACAAUGCUGGUCAAUCUCCCUAUGUUCUUGAUCCUCAUACUGCUGUUGGUGUUGCUGCUGCUGAAAAGUUGAUUGAACGUGAUAGCCUCAAGACUUACCCUGCCGGUAGUGAUGUUCUCAUUUGUUUAGCUACUGCUCAUCCCGCUAAGUUUUCUGAAGCUGUUGAAGCUGCUUUGAAGACCUCUCCCGGUUUUGACUUUGCCAACGAUGUCUUACCUACUGAAUUUCAUGGUUUAUUAGAAAAAGAACGCAAGGUUACUCACGUUGAACGCGCUGAUCCUCAAUUAGUCAUUCAAGUUAUUGAAAAGGAAUUACGUGAAGAAGGCAUUUCUUUCUAG